UUUAUUAUCUAUAACGAACAAAAUUUUUUCAGGAGCAUGCCAGCAAUUCGUGUUCAAAAAUGCUUUCUUGUGGUCACAUGUGUGGAGGAAUCAGCAAUGAGAUUUCCUGUCUUCCAUGCCUGCAUCGAUGUGGAGAUGUCUCCAGUCUAAAACAAGAUGCCGAUGACAUGUGCAUGAUUUGCUUCACAGAAGCACUGGCCAAUGCUCCUGCUAUACAACUGACCUGUGGUCAUGUAUUUCAUCUUCACUGUUGCCGAGCAGUGCUGAUCAAGAAAUGGUCUGGUCCACGUAUCACAUUUCGCUUUUCCUUGUGUCCUAUUUGUCAGGUACCAAUGGAUCACAAUGUUUUGAAGGACUUACUAGAUCCGGCAAGGAGCCUCUUUGAUGAUGUCAAGAGAAAAGCACUCAUGAGAUUAGAAUAUGAAGGUCUCCAUAAAGCAGAAGCUAUCACAACACCUGGUGCUAGAUUCUAUAAUGAUCCUGCAAGUUUCGCUAUGGACAGAUAUGCUUACUAUGUCUGCUUCAAGUGCAAGAAGGCAUACUAUGGUGGAGAAGCCAGAUGUGAUGCCGAAGCGGGUGCCGGGGAUGAUUAUGAUCCAACAGAGCUUGUCUGCGGAGGUUGUUCUGAUGUCUCAAGAGCACAGAUGUGUCCCAAGCAUGGUACUGACUUCCUGGAAUAUAAGUGUCGAUACUGUUGUUCCGUUGCUGUAUUCUUUUGUUUUGGCACUACUCACUUUUGCAAUGCUUGCCAUGAUGAUUUCCAACGAGUGACAAAUAUUCCUAAAACAGAACUUCCACAUUGUCCUGCAGGCCCUAAAGCUAAACAGCUUGAAGGUGAAGAAUGUCCUCUUCAUGUCAAGCAUCCACCCACAGGUGAAGAGUUUGCUCUCGGAUGCGGAGUCUGCCGCAAUGCUCACACAUUUUGAAAGAGAUACUGGACGUGUAUAAUAUGCUUUUCAAGUGCCACAUUUUCCGGAUGUACAUUACAAAUUUUGUAUAUAAUCUGUAAAUUAUGAUCCUUAUAAGCUCAUAAUAAAUUAUUACGUAAUAUCAA